AUGGAAAUGGUCAUGGCACGAUGUUCCAUUGGAACUGUGGCCACCUCGGCCCAGAAUAACCCUUUGGUCGAGAUCGAUGGUUUCGCUCCAGUGCAGAGAGUGCAUUUGGUCGUUGAUCACUGGAACUAUGCGAACAUAAUCCUGAUUUCGAUCACUGUAUUGCAGCUUGUCUUGGGCAUUGCGGCGGCGCAUGUCGCACAUCAAAUCGUGAUCCCAGCGGGAGGGUCCAUGGCUGUAGCUCAGGUGCUCCAACCUAUGACAAAUCGGAUAAAAGACAUGAACAGCAAAGAGUGUAGGCACCCAGGCUUUCCCCUCAAAAGUCGUUGGAUCUAUAGGUGCGUCAAGGUUUCGGAGGAGAGAGAGUAUGAUCUCUUCAUGGAAGAGCAAGGAAAUUAG